AAGCUUGGUAUUGUUGCCGUGAGUAAUGCUUUGCCACAAGACAUUACAUGUUUGGCCGCAGAUCGGAUGUUGGUUUUUGCUUCAUAUGAGAAUGUUUUCCAUGCUCUUGCCAGGAACAAAGAGGUAGUUCAUACCUAUGAAGGUCACAAGGGAAGGAUACACCUUCUACUGCCUUUUGGUGACCAUGUCAUCUCUGUGGAUACUGCUAAUGUUCUUAUUGUUUGGGAUGUACAAUCAGAAGAGGAAUAUCUUCGACUGGAUUUUGAUAAGGCUGUUUUUGCAGUUUCUGCAAUCCUGCAUCCAAGCACCUAUUUGAAUAAAAUUCUCCUUGGUAGUGAACAAGGGAGCUUGCAGCUGUGGAAUAUAAGAUCCAAUAAACUCCUAUACUCAUUUGCAGGAUGGGGCUUAGGAGUCACGACUCUUCAACAAGCCCCAGCAGUGGAUGUUGUUGCAGUGGGUCUGGUAUCUGGUCACAUCAUUGUACAUAAUAUUAAGUUCGAUGAAACUCUGAUGAAAUUUCAGCAAGACUGGGGUCCCAUCACAGCAAUAUCUUUUCGGACAGAUGGACACCCAGUAAUGGCAGCUGGUAGCCCUGUUGGACACAUUGCCCUAUGGGACCUAGAGGAGAAGAAAAUAAUUAGUCAGAUGCGAAAUGCCCAUUCCACAGCAGUAGCUGGUAUGUCGUUUGUCCCCGGGGAGCCGCUUCUUAUUACUAAUGGUGCUGAUAAUGCCAUAAGGGUGUGGAUUUUUGAUGGACCUGGUGGAACUGGUCGUCUGCUGAGGAGCCGAAUGGGACAUAGUGCACCUCCAACAAAAAUCAGAUACCAUGGGCAAAAUGGAGAGCAAAUUCUUAGUGCAGGUCAAGAUGGAACAUUACAGUCAUUUUCAACAGUGCAUGAAAGAUUCAAUAAAAGUUUAGGACGUGGUUCAAUUAAUAAAAAGAAAUCAAAAAGGAAAGGUCUUAAGAAUGAUACAAUGGCACUUCCACCCAUUACAGCCUUUGCUUCAGAAAUAGCACAUCAGAAUGACUGGGAUGGUAUCAUUGCCUGCCAUCAAGGGUAUAUAACCUGUACAACGUGGAACUAUCAGAGAUGUUCUAUGGGAGCUCAUAAACUGAUGCCGGAGGAAUUUAGCAAUUAUAAGCCUCUUGAUAUAUAUGCAACAGCAGUUGAUAUUACCACAUGUGGAAACUUUGCUGUAAUUGGGAUGUCAACGGGGCAGGUAGAUGUGUAUAAUAUGCAGUCUGGCCUUCACAGAGGGUGUUACGGCAAGGAAAGAGCACAUGAAGGGGCUGUUAGAGGGGUGGCAGUAGAUGGAUUAAACCAACUGACAAUCACAGCUGGAAAAGAAGGAUUAGUUAAAUUUUGGAAAUUCAAAACUAAAGACCUGGUUCACUCCACUGAUCUUUCUUCUCCUCCAAGUGGAAUUCUGCUUCAUAGAGAUAGCGGUAUUCUGGGAAUUGCCUCUGAUGACUUCAGUAUUAGUAUUUUGGAUAUAGAAACCAGGAAGAUUGUCAGGAGAUUCUCAGGACACCAUGGACAAAUUAACGACAUGACAUUCAGUCCUGAUGGUCGUUGGCUAAUAACCUCAUCAAUGGAUUGUACCAUAAAGACUUGGGACCUUCCUUCUGGAUGCCUCAUAGAUUGCUUUUUGGUAGACUCUGCAGCUGUGAGCAUUACUAUGUCACCUACAGGAGAUUUUCUAGCUUCGGCACAUGUGGAUGAGCUUGGAAUUUAUUUGUGGUCAAAUCGUUCUCUGUAUUCGCUUGUCUCUUUACGGCCCCUUCCAGCAGAUUAUGAACCUGCUACAGUAAUGCUUCCUGGAACGAGACCUGUGCAAGAUGAAGAAGCAGGAGAUGAAGAAACAUUUGAUAAAAUGAUAGAAUAUGAUUCACCUGAGCAGCUGGGGGAGCAGCUGGUAACCCUCUCCUUAUUACCUGAGUCACGGUGGAAGAAUCUCCUCAAUCUUGAUAUCAUCAAGAAAAAAAAUAAGCCAAAAGAGCCACCGAAAGUUCCCAAAUCUGCUCCCUUCUUCAUCCCAACCAUUCCUGGUCUUAUACCACGGUAUGCUACUCCAGAACAAGAAAAUGAUAUUCAGUCAAAGGUAGUAAACCUGGGAGUACUGGCACAGAAAUCUGAUUUCUGCAUUCAUCUUGAAGAAGCCCUGAGCACUAAUGAGUAUACAGCUCCACUUAAUUUACUGAAAGACCUGGGACCGUCCAACAUUGAGGUAGAACUCAGGGGCCUGGCCCCGGAAGGCGGCGGCUCUGUGGAGGUGAUGCUGAGUUUCUUGAGGAUGAUCGGCAUGAUGCUGACCAAGAAGUACAACUUUGAACUUGCUCAAGCAUAUCUUGCACUGUUUUUAAAGUUGCAUCUUAAGAUCCUCUCAUCAGAGCCAAAGCUGCUAGAAGAAAUAUCCAGAUUGUCAACACAGCUUGAGGAAACUUGGAUUCAUUUACGGACUCUUUUCAAUCAGAGUCUGUGUGUGUUAAAAUAUGUGAAAAGUGCAUUGCUGUAAAAUACAUUUUCUAAGCAUUUUCCCUGCAUUGAAAUCUCCUU